UUACUCACACUUACGAGUUGGUUGGCUUCGGUUUCGUUUGCACCAGUUUGUUUGUUUGCCUGUGUGCGUCGUGAUUGCAGUGUAUGAGUUUUAGAUCGCUGUAUUUUUUUUGCACUGAGAAAACACCGCGUCUGCCGUGCUAAUAGCCGCGAACGUCAUUAAUAAUUCGACUCUGUGAGUGAACUGAAACUUUUGGCGCACAGAGUAAACCAAGUGACAGUUGUUGCCGCUGCAAUCUCAACUUAUCAUUAUCCUCGUUGGAGUGUUUUAUUGGUUGCGGAGCUGUGAAUUGUAAACAAGAUGAGCGUAGGGGUUUAUUACAACAAACCGCACAACGAUUUGUUUCAACCCAGGCCUUUCAGGAGGGAAAUUCAGAAGGUCAAGAGGCAACUUUUUGGACCCUAUGACCCGGAGGCAACUCAACGAUUUGUCACCCAAGAACUGGAAAAGAGGAUCGCCACUCAAACUGAGCGCUGGAACUUCGACUUCUCCAACGAUAAACCUCUCAGUCCUAAUGGAAAAUACGAUUGGAGGCCAGCAUCACCUUUGGUGAAAUGCUCGAGACCCUUGAAGAGGAGACCUUCGAUAGAUCUGGAGUUUGACAAUCACGAGCUGUACUGCUUACCUGAAGAUAUGUGCCAAAUAAAAAUCGAGAAAGCUGAUGUUGAGGAAGAGAACACACCGCCCAAAAACAAUCACAAAACACAAUCCCUCAUCACAGAUUUCAUGCAAUUGAAAAAGAGCACGGCGUUGGAGCUGGCCAAAAGCAAAAUGGCCAGGCCGUCGAAAAUGCCCAGGAUGGACAAGAUCGCGAGUUAAGCAAGACACAACACAAAGGACGAAUAUCCUGAAAACACUUGUUACAAAAUAUAGAUCUCCAAGAAAAUUUAAUAUAAUAAUAUAAUGAUUCUUUCGUAUGUUAAGUACAAUUUAAGUUUUGUUUCACGCAUAGAAAUUUUUUAUUAAUUUUAAGUUUGUACAGUAAGUACUAUUUUUUGUUGGUCUUGAUUUCAUUUAUUUAGACUAUGUAUUUAUUUUUUUUUUCGAAGGAACCUCUUUCGUUUGAUCUCCCGAAAUUUUGAAUUUGUUGGUGGUCGUUUUGCCUGUAACAGUUUUUUCUACUGUUGAGAUGUUUCAGGCUCGAAAAGAACGUAACUCUGAUUGGCAACUGCUUGAUUCGAGUUUGUUUUAUUCGAGCCAAGUCUGAUUUCCAUAUUCCAACAUUUUCUUCCAAGGGCCAGAUUCGGUGUUGUAAAUAUUUGUAAGAGGAAUUUAAUAUUUAUAAAGAAUUAUAUAUUGACUUUGUUUGGUCGGCAAUUUGAAAUUAUUUAUUUAGUAGCUCCAAAAAGACUGAAGAAACCGAGUUGAAUACGCUCGGUGUCUAUAGUCGGUUUAGGAGCUACCCUGUAUAAUUUGUAUAUAAAAUGCACUCUUGUAAAUACCACCCCUCAAUCAAGUGCAAUUUGUAUAUUGAAUGGAAUUGAAUGAAUUCGUCCGUUGGAAGAAAAACUUGAUUUCUUUUUGGUCAUCUUUUGGAAGUUUUCAAUUUUGUAAUAGUAUUCGAGAAAAAGUUGGUGAAAUUCAUAAGUAUAGGUAAUUUUAUUUGAGAUUAAUAUGUAAACUCAGGGAGUGAUACUCAUACAGAUCCGUAUCCUUCUAUUUUUCGCCUGCUUUUCAUGAGGAUCUCGCUUGCUGAUUCAAUAGACCAGAUUAUUACUUCACCCAUCAACAAAAAGUUUCAAUUAAAUAAGCCCAAAGAAUGUUAAAAGUACAAAGAAGAACACUGUCUGGAAUUUGCCUUUUGGCAGCUCUCAAACCCAUCUCAUUUUGGUCCCGUCGUUUGCAAUCUUUUAAAAGGGCUCCAUUUAUAAAUUGAAUUUCUGAAAGAUUUAUUUUGUACAUCAUAUUGGUUGGAUUUCUUCGAUUUCCUGCUUUGGCAGAAACCUUCGAAAAAAAUCAUGUAAGAUUACGCUUGUUUUUUUCGAAGGUUUCUGCACAACCGUGGGAUUUGAAAAAGCUAGAAGAUUUUGAGAUGAUAAGAUACAUAUUAUAUUCUGUUUAACACCUGUGAUGUAUUAGAAAAUGAUCUCAAAAUAUUUUUAUAAAUUAUAGACAUGAAUGUUUGAUGUUUGUCUGGACAUCACAAUUACACAAAUAAACCAGGUAAACAUCAAUUGUUAAUGUAUUUGAAAGAAAUGUAAAUUUGUUGUAAAGAAGUAAAAUAUAUCGAGAAGCAAGAGCUUGCUUCUUUUUGUUAUAGUAA